AUGGACGAUUCUUCCGGGCUGUCAGCGGGCUCAAGGGCAUAUCCCCCAAGAUUAAUGCAUCCUCCCUCACCAUGCACAAAUAUUGAUAGUCCUUGUUCAACAUUACUUCUCCUUGGCGAUGCAGACACGCUGCUGUAUAUUGAUCCUCCCCCGCAGAAAUCAUACGCCUCAGCCUUGCCACGCUCACCUGGGUCAAUCCCCCACCGGAUUCAUAGCCAGAAACUUCUGGAUACUAACUCUAAUUACUUUAAGAACCUCUUCCAGCCAAGGGCUCAAGCUCGGACGAUCAGUCGCCGCGGACUCGAAGGCAAGCUUACAAAUGGGAUUAAAUACGUCAUUGAUCUCACUCCUCCUGCGGUGGAAGACGAUGCUGUCAUAUUUCUCACAGAGCUAUCGUGCCCUGUAGGGAUCAGGAACUGGGCCAACACUACUACGGCUUGGUGGGAUUUACCCCCUGUCCACGUUAGUGGUGAAGAUGAAGUCAAGCCACCAGAAAGCAAGCCGAGUCUUCCUGUGGAAUACUCGGUGGGUCGACACCAUAGGGGUAUUGAACAAAUUAUAUAUGCUUUGGAAGGGUUUCCACCCAAGUUCGACACCCCUUGCGAGUUCUGGACCUUCUUCUCACUGGCUAGACUGUUCGGAGUAUCCACUGUACCAAAAAUUAGGGAUCUCAUAUUAUCCUGGUUUUACAACCCGAAGAAUGCCCGUCUCAUAGAAUACCGCCCCGAGAUUGCGUACAAAAUCGCCUGUGGGGUACAACAUUACUAUCUUUGCCGUGACUCAUUUUCGAUCCUUGUUGGGGAGGAGACACUGCUUUUAUUAGCGAAUUCAGAUCAACCACCUUUACCAGGUAGACCGCAAUGGACCUUUCAUGAGCGUUUCCGGGAGCCAUUGUUGGACGACGAGGAGCUCCAACGCAUCGAAUAUGCUAGCAAAAGCUUUCUAGAAUAUGUUAUUGAUCGAUUUGUCGUUCUAGCAGGCUCUGAGAUGAAAUGGCUUUUCGAAUUGUCAAGCUUUCUGCACCUAUCAAAGUUCACUCCAGAAACAUAUUGGGAGGAAAUUCUCAUGACCGAACUCAUCCUGACCUGCAAGGAGUAUGUCCGAGCACGUAUCGUGCAAUGGUUGGAGAGAGAAAAUGGUAUUUCGCUACCAGCGGUGGUUGGGAGUAUGGGUCAGGAUCGUUCGAUACACUACAAGUACGCCUAUAGCUCAAUGCGCUACCCAGAGCGCGUAUUGACUAGGACAUUCUGGAAGAACCUCAUGAACGAACCAUUUACUGGAAGCCAUUUUUCGGAUAUUAAGGAGUCGUUUUGGGAUUCUACCAUUGCCAGUUUGGGAGAUUGGGUACCAGCUUUCAGGGCCCAUGCCGACGCGAAAAUCAGGCCGGUGACACGAAGUGAGCUAUGUCAGAUGGUGGGUAAAUUCAACUCUUUUGUGAACCACCAGAUUCCCAAUUCCCAAACACAACCAGGGUACCCCUGGAAUAUGGAGGACAACUGUGACCCAGAGACCUGGUUACGCGGGUUACAAUCAAAUAGUGAAGGCCCAUUCAAACUGGACAUGUUCAUAUCAGAUGUACAGCUACAUGUGGCUAAGUGCGCAAGUGACAUGUUUGAGCUGGACAGAGGCUCGACCGAGAGAACCGACAUUGUUACCUGUCUAACCGAAAAUGAACUCAGAUAUCUACCAUUAUGGGCAGGGGGGAAUGACGAUGGAACUGGAGGGGUCUUCAUGGACCAAGAUAUCCCCUUCUUAGAAACAGGGGGUUUCUCUGCGCCGGGUCCGGAUGUCCACUUAGGUAGUGCAGCGUCAACCGCCGAUUCAAUCUCGAUCAUCAACACUAAAGAAAUAGAGAGUACCGUCCAAGGUGCUUCUCACGGGACCACUGUUGGUUAUAGAACAGAAGCCAUGUCUAUACAAUCAAUAGCUGCUGGUUCUCAGAGAGACAAGAGUGGAGGCAGCAGUCACCAAGGGCCAGCAUCGCUUGAAGACCACGAAGCAGUUGACGACUGCUCCUUCCUGUUGAAUUCAUCGGCCGACGACGACGAUGAUUUCUCUCUUGACUGUGAUAGCGAUGGCGAUGACACUGUCGUUAUGGACACUACUUGA